UUGGUAUGGGUGUUCCAGGUCUCUUACACAAAUACUAUGAUCUGAGGAUAAUACCAGCAUAAUGGAAACUUCCAUAACACCCACUGGAAAAAGCUACCACUAGGAUUGCAAAAUAUGAUGUUCGGAAGUGCAAGUGACAAUUGCCGCUUCAGCAUUCUUCCAAACCGUAAUUUGGGAUAUACGCACAGACAGACAAGGAUCAGGUGGGGUAUUUUUUAGAAGACCAGAAAAGAACUUGUUGGAGAGGUUUCAGUAUAACUGUCCAGUGGAGAAGAAACCUGCUUUUCCAGUUGAGCCUGGAACACGGGGGAUUUUCCCCUCUCUUGCCAUAAAACUCUUCUGUUGGCUAUAAAGUCCAGUCCAGGCACCUUCAAGAGAAGAUAGCCAAGACCAAGAGAGAAAACAAGAGUUGCCAGCACAGACUGUAGAUUCCCAAGACAUUUUCCGAAGUUGGAGACAGUCCUUAUCGGAGAGACAUGAAGAUCCUUUUGGGAGCGAUUGUGCUACUGGCCUGUAGUAUUCUUAUGGCUCAAGGGAGCAUCCUGGAAUUUGGAGACAUGAUUAAAGUAGUCACUGGAAAAAGUGCAUUCCCAGACUACACCACUUAUGGGUGCUAUUGCGGAAUUGGUGGCAAAGGGCGACCUCGGGAUGCCACUGACGGUUGCUGCCUUGCACAUGACUGCUGUUACUCAAAGCUGAGUGAGAAGUGCAACACCAAAACCGACAGAUAUAAAUUCACCUAUAACAAUGGAGUCGUAACAUGUGGUCAGGGAAGCUGGUGCGAAAUGCAGACUUGCGAGUGUGACAAGGCCGCUGUCCUCUGCCUGCGAGACAACCUGAACUCUUACAACAAGGACCUCCGUUUUUACUUCGACAUUCAUUGCAAUGAGGGACCCAUGAAAUGUUGAGGGGAAAGUUGUCUUA